AUGUCGAGUCAUGUACUUUUGGAAAUCGGAAAGAAGUUCUACCUUGGCGAGGAGUUUGCUGAUGUUUACAUUGUUUUCAUGGUGAACGAUGAAGAAGUUGAACGAGUUCCGGCCCAUAAAAAUAUUUUGGCUGCAAACAGUGACGUUAUUCACACAAUGUUCAAUGAAUCGUGGAAAGAGAAAAAUGAAGUGAAAAUCGUCGAUGCAGAUGUUGCGGAUUUUAAAGAAUUCCUUCGUUUCUUCUACUUUGGAAUGGUGAAUUUGACCAUAGAAAAUGUAGAUGCAAUCAUGAAUCUCAGCAAUAAAUACAAUGUCACCGAGUGCAAGAAUUUAUGCAGAAAAUUCUUGAAGGCAACAAUGACCAGUGAAAAUAUGAUUUUGAGGUAUGAAUUGGCCAUUUUUCUUGAGGAUGAAAGUCUCAAGAAAUUUUGCGAAGUAAUGAUCAGUAUCGAUCCUCAAGAUUUCUUAAAGAGGCCAGGAUUUCUGCAAUGCAAUAAAAAUACAUUAGCGGCACUGAUGGAAAUGAAAGGUUUGAAGUGCUCUGAGGUUGAACUAUUUGAGGCGUGCAUGUCUUGGGUGAAGAAUAAAAGUGAAGAAGAGAACUUAACUAGAGAUAUAGUACAGUCUGAACUUGGUGAUUUAUUUUAUAAAAUUCGUUUUGGAUCGAUGACAAUCAAGGAGUUUUCCACUCUCAUUCCUUCGUACGGAUCACUAUUUUCAAACGGAGAAUUGCAAGAUAUCAUUCAAUUUGUAGGCGAUAAGGAAUUUCAAUCAAAGUUAUUCAUUGAAACACGAGAGAAACGUUGUGACGUUAACUUAUUUGAAGGCUAUAAAAAGAUUAAGCGCAAUCGACUUGCACCUCAAGAACAAUCCGCAAAACCAUAUAUUAUGAAGAACUUAGAAACAACCACAUUCUCCGUCAAUGAAACAGUUUUUUUAAUCGGAUUUAAAUCUGCUCCUUUAUGGAUUUAUAAUAAUAACAUAUAUAGAAGAUUAACAGAGGUAGUUCCAUCUGAAAUAACAAUUGUUCGAAUUCCAAAUACGUCUGAUCCAUCCUUUAAUGAAGAAGUUGUUUUGGGGACUGGAAAAAUAAACCUAGAAUCAAAACAUGUGAAAUUUAAUUUAUCCGAGCCAAUUAUGAUAAGUCCGAACUUCAUUCAUGAGAUUAGAUUGAUGCAAACUCCAAAUGAACAUAGCUCCACUUAUAUUUUGUUGAAAUCUCAAUUUCAAAUUGAUUCCGAUUUUAGCGUACAAUAUCAUCGUGAUACAGAGAGAGGCAUUAUCUAUAGACUAGAUUUCUAUCGUAUUUAA